UAACUUCACAACACUCAAACAAACCAGGAUUGGUGCUUCUGUGGGGCGAGGAAGGGUCUGCAGGUGUGAGCUGUUUUGGUGACGCGCACGGUGCUUUGCUGGAUCAUAUUUGCCUGUCGCCUGCCCURGUGGAGGUCCAGUGCCACCUGCAAGUCGUGGGAAUCGGGUCACUUUCUGCRUUAGGACAAGUGCCAAAUGCUGGGUAUUAAAGGAAUCAACAAGACUGUGGGGCAGGAGCAACAGGUUGUCACGCAGGAAAAACGAGUGUUAGAAGAUGUGGAAAUGCCCCUUGCAAGGAGAGAAAUGGAGACYCUCUUCCAGGAGCAGCCCGAGACUGGGAACCGGUACUUGGAAGACACUUUGCUUCGGAGUUACCUGAAAACACACCUUCCUCCCAAGGUCCUGGAGGAGGUAAAUCAGGACCUGGAGAGGUUUGGAAACCGCCUGCAAACYGAGAUCCAACCUCUGAGCUGGGAAUGUGAGCUGAACCCCCCGGUGUUCCAGCAGUACGAUGCCUGGGGGCGGCGUGUGGAUCACAUCCACACCUGCUCRGCGUGGAGGAGGAUGAAGGAGAUUUCGGCUGAAGAGGGGCUGAUUGCUGAGGCCUAUGAAAGAAGAUACUCCARUUGGAGCCGCCUGUACCARGCUGUCAAACUGUACUUGUUCUCAGGCUCCUCUGGAAGUUUCCAUGUUCCACUGGCCAUGACUGAUGGGGCAGCCAAAGUCAUUGAGUCACUGGGUAUUCCUGGAUCUCUGAAAAACACUUUUGGCCAUCUGACAUCCCGCAACCCYGAGAAGUUCUGGACCUCCGGCCAGUGGAUGACCGAGCGAAGGGGUGGCUCAGAUGUUGCUAAUGGCACUGAGACUGUGGCCAGGAAGCAGCCGGAUGGCACCUAUCAUCUGUAUGGGUUUAAGUGGUUCACAUCAGCAGCUGAUUCUGAUGUGACAUUAACCCUGGCCAGGAUAGCAGAUGCUGAAGGACAGUGUACCCAGGGCUCCAGAGGCCUGUCCCUGUUCUUCCUGAGAGUUCGAGAUGAGGAGGGGAAGCUGAACAAUAUUGAGGUGCAAAGGCUGAAGAACAAACUGGGCACAAGGCAGAUGGCAACGGCAGAGCURUGGCUGCAAGGAGCCAGAGCAGAGCUGAUCUCUGCAGAGGGCCGUGGAGUGGCYGCCAUCUCCAACAUGCUGAACAUCGCUCGGAUGCACAACAUCAUUGGCGCAGUGGCUUCCAUGAGAAGGAUGAUCAGUCUGAGCAGGGACUAUGCCCGCAAGCGUGUGGCCUUCGGGAAACUCCUCAGGGACCAUCCCCUGCACAUGCAGACGAUUGCCCGGCUGGAGGUGCAGGCACGAGGGGCGUUUCUGCUGCUGAUGGAGAUCGUUCGCCUGCUGGGCCUGGCUGAAACCAACCUGGCGAGUGAGGAGGACCAGCUGCUUCUGAGGCUGCUCACCCCAGUSGCCAAACUGUACACAGGGAAGCAGGCUWCUGCUGUGGCUCUGGAGGCCAUGGAGAGUUUUGGGGGCCAAGGUUACAUGGAGGACACAGGCCUGCCAGUCCUUCUCCGGGAUACUCUGGUGCUGUCCAUAUGGGAGGGAACAACAAAUAUCCUGUCCCUGGAUGUGCUGCGGUCCCUCGCCAAGAGCCAAGGGCAGGUGAUGGUUGUGUUCCUGUCCACAGUGCAGAAAAAGCUGGAGCUGGCAUCAAGCACUGAGGAACUGUCCCCGGCCGUGCAGAGGACACRGGAAGCCAUCAGGAGCCUCAGACAGUUCAUGGAGGCCGCGGGCUCAGAGCGGGCACUGACCAUGGAGCUGGCAGCAAGGGACUUCUCCUACAGCCUGGCACGGAUCUACACAGGAGCUCUUYUAAUGGAACACGCAGCUCGGCCUGACGCUUCCCCCACGGACGUCUGCGCUGCCCUGAGAUGGUGCAACCAGGAGCUGUGUCCGGUGGCCGCGGAGUCAGCGAGGGGCAGCUACAGGGGCGGGGCAGCGCUCCAGGACAGCGCCCUGGUGUUCGGGCACAGCCGGCUCUGAGCCCCCGCAGCCCCAGCACGGACACGAGUGCUGACCAAGGACUUCCACCCCUGGAUGGGGUUUGCUCCAGGGGCAGCCCUUUCCRCCCACCGUGGCUGUGAACAUUGACCUCCUCAGGAACUGCUGCUUUCUGAAGAAAAAUGGGAUUUUUACUCUCUCUGCCCUCCAGAAAGUUGAUUAAUUCCCUGUGCACGUGUCCUAAUGAUGCUGCAAUCUAUUCUGACAUAAAUCCUACAGAAGUUUUGGAUUGAAAUCCAGUAAUUCUCCACCUAAGCACUGGCUGUGGGCUUCUCCUCCUCCUCAGCCCAUCAGUCGACCUGCUUGGUAUUGCCCUGCUGGCUACAAGUUUUUAAUUAAGAAGUUGCUAAUAGCUGAAGAAAGGCUCUAAUAGACCAAAGACAGCUGGAAUUUAUAGCUGGGAAGUGCUCCAGCAGCCACUGCACUGAGUGGGAAGGGGCUGUUUGCUGGGCAUGGAGUUGUGCAGAGUUUCAAAGCUGGCAGAGCCAGGAGGACAAAAGCACCAAGUGGUGGCUCCAGGGAGGAGCAGAGUGGGGCAAUCCCAAUAGGUCCUGGCAUGGGGAUCACAGGCUGAGCCAAGCAGAGCUUCCCCAAAAUCACACAAAUGCCAGGAACCAGCCCCAGCACCAAAGGGCUUCUGUUGUCUGUGCCUUGCAGGGUAUAAAGAGAAUUUGGGUUUGAACAAUCUCCUACAUCACAGAAUCACAGGACCAUGGAAUGGGUUGGGAUGGAAGGGA